AUGAAUAGCAUGGCGGCAGCACGCCCUACACUCGCACACGGCGUUGCAAAACACGCUCUUGGCAGGACAGCCACCAUUCGCAGCGUUCCAAGCUUUGACGGCUCCGAACACAGCCCGGAGAGCAAGCACACUGCUUUCAACGGCACCGUCACCUCCAACGCCGCCGUUGUUUCCGCCAUGCCGGGCAGCCCGCAAGACAAGUCCCCCUCGACGGUCAGAUUAAAGUCGGACCUGGCAGUGGACGCAGCGACGCCAAGCCGAUGGAAUGGCAACGACGUGCGAACAAUAGAGCCGCCGCCGCCGCCGCCCCAGCACGAGUCGUUGUCGACAUUGCCGGAAGAUGCGGACAACGGACAAUGGGACUCUACGGUCGGCAAGGCUGGUCUCGGAAAGACGGGCCGAGUCAUCAACAAGCUUGUUAGUGACAACGAUGCCUUGAAGCGUGACAUACAAAUCGAGCGUCUGCGAGCAGAGGAGGCGAAGCAAGCCGCGAAGCUGGUGGAAGACAAGAUGGAACGCAUGAUGUACGAGUACGAGAGCCGAUUGUUGGAAGCCAACGUGACAAAAACCCUGCUGGCUCGAAAAGAGCGCCAAGUCGAGUCGUUGACCGCAUCGGUCGAGUUGGAGAAGCGGAAAGCCCUAGCAGCUCAGCAGAGCGAGCGCAGCUGGAAGCACGAGCUGGAGCGGAUAAAGGGCGAGGCUGCGACUCGGGUCGAAGAGGCGACAAGCUACGCGCAGUUGAUGGAAGGCCGGUACAAUGCCAUUUCCUCUCACUGGCGCGAUCAAGGGGAAGAGGUCAAACGCGCCGUGUCGAGGCUGCGAGGAGCAAUCGACGCCAUUGUCGACGAGCGCAGAGCAGAUGACGAAAAAAUCACAACGCUCAGGGACUUGUGCGAACAGCAGGACAAUAACCUCAAGGAGCUGCGCGGCGAGAAGGAGGAAAUAGCCCGCCUCUUCGAACAGUACAAGCAAUUACAGGAACAGGACCUCAGAGACAUCAAAGUCAACGCGAACAAGAGGCAGGAAGAGCAGGAGCUGCAGCUGCAGGAAGCAAGAGAGGUUCUGCACAAGCUCAGAUGGGCAUUGAAUGUGAAGCAAAACGUAAAGGAUGCGCAAUGA